AUGUCAGUCGAUCAUUUAUCUAAAUCAUAUCCAACCAGAAAGUACUUCUUCCAUAAAGCUACUGGAAAAUCUGUCUGGAGCUUAGAAUGCGUUACAGAGGCAAACUCCCCCAAGAAAAGGAAAAAGUCUAAAAUCCAUACAUUUGAACAGAAAAUUAAAUCUUCCAAAAAACCUGACAUAGAUACUAAUCCAACCACAAGACUAUUGAAUAUUGCUAAUCCUAAGCCUAAGUCAGAGAAAACUACCUCUAAAUCUCCUGUUAAAAAGAAAUGUCCAGGAACCCAACAAAAGAAAAUUGAUAGUUCUGAUAGUUCUGAAGAAGGUUGGAAGAAUACUCUUCAGUGUCUGAAAUCUACCCGGUCAAAAAGACAGACACAAGACUCUACCCGGUCAAGAAAACAGACACAAGACUCUACCCAGUCUAGAAAACAGACACGAGACUCUACCCGGUCAAGAAAACAGACACGAGACUCUACCCGGUCAAGAAAACAACUACAAAACUCGACACGGUUAGAAGAAGAACAGCAACAGUGUAAUAAUUCAGAUUUAGUAUCAAGUAUCCUUAACACAUCUACCACCAUGAGAUCAUUAUCUACCAAACAAAAAUAUAAAAUACCAAAGCAAGGAAAAAGGGUUUCAUCAUCAGUUUCGUCUUCCGCAGAUUUGUUAUCUUCUUCAGCAAUGCCAUCAUUAAUGCAUUCUACAGUUUCACCAUAUCCACCACCUGUACCUACUCCAGUGUUACAUUCACCUGAGCCUUUUCAAGUGCUACCAUCUCCAGUACCUUCUCCAGGAUAUAUUGAACAUGAAUUCUCCCCUUGUACUCCAACUUCAAUGGACUGGGAGGAUCUUGUGGAGGAAACGCACCUAGAUAAUGAUCUUGACAUUAUCCCGAACCAGAUUCCUGUAUUCGCUGAUAGAAACUCAGCUAUGUCUUCCAAAUCAGAGAAUAUAAGGGUUAUAGACACCAACGUGUACCUGAACUCCUUGAACCUGGUAAUGAUAGUUCGGAGUGAAGAGAUCCUGGCUGUACCCUGGACUGUACUGCAAGAGCUAGAUAAACUCAAGUCUAGCACUGAUGCUAGUGUAUCAGCUCAAGCCAGAGCUGGGAACAGAUGGCUCCAGGAGCAGGCUAGGAACAGGAACAGAUCACUAUCAGGAGGAACCCUGGACCAGGAUCAUGCUAGAGUACCUGGUAUUCUGUUCCAGAAGAUGUCUGAAUCUUCCACGCAAGCUGGUUCAGACCAAGAACCUGAUGAUAGAAUACUACUCUACACUUUAUAUCUAAAGGAUCUGUAUGGGGACACUGUGAGUCUUGUAACAAAUGACAAAAACUUAGCAACUAAAGCUGCAGUUGAAGAUGUCAAUGUCUAUAGUUCGGAGGAACUUGAACAACUAUAUGAAGAAGUCCAGAACCAACAUUAUGACCAUCAUUAUAAUCAUUAUGAAAACACUCAACACCAUCAAGAAAAAUAUCAUCAUAAUCAAAACACUCAUAUUAAAAAUCACAACAUUAUCGAGUCUCAAUCAAAACUGCAGAACUAUGGAAAGAAGACAUCUCCUUGCCGAACCCCAGAAUUAAACCAAAGGAAGUCAAUUAAUCAAUCACACUCCACUAAUUCAAGUAUUGUCAGUAAUCAGGAGGAAACUCUAGGUAAAAAAACAAUUUCUAAAAACUUUAAAAGCUUAAAAUCCUGCUGUUAUAAGAAGCAUCAUAUUGCUGUAUUCUCUAUAAACUUUAAUAAACAGUUUAAACAAGCUCUUGACAACAUAGAAAUUAAUCUCAGGAAUCCUGGAGAUAGCCUCAGCUUGGAGAAUUGGACUGUAACUCUGUGUAACCUGGUGAUGUCUAGAAACAAGAUUGGGAAGGAGCAAGCUCAGAUAUGUCUGGAUAAACUUAAACAUUUCAAUUUCAAUUCAAGGAUAGAUAACUGUGAUACUGAUCGUUAUAUCCAUCAUGACAAUCAAGAGUUUAUCUCCCCUUCAAAGAGAGCCAGUAGAAGAUCAAAUUGUGGAGAUAAAGAGGAAAACUCUUUAAAGAUGGAUGAAGGAGAAUGUGUUCAAGGAUCAGGAUCAGGAUCUGGAGUAGCAAAUGUUCUAACAGCUUUGACUCACACCUGGCAUAUUAUUUCAGUUGUAACUCAGGGAUUAUGCUCUGCUCUCGAUGUUGAGUGGAAACAAGAGACAACUAGCCCCCUCUAUACAUUCUCAAUGGAUUCUGCUGUACAGUACUUCCCAGCCUUCUACCAAUAUGUACAACACAUCAGCAGUUUGUAUUCAGCUAUGAUGAAUUCUCAAAUCUCGGAGGACGGUUUGAAGAACCUGGUCACUAUGAUCAACAGAUUUAAGAUUGAGCUGGAGAUACGUGAGGAUACGAAUUGGACUAAUACCCCUACUAUCGACUAUGAACAGAUGAGAGUAUUUUUAUUGUGUGAAUCAGAAAAGAUGAAAUUGGGCUGGGUGCAGUUGAAUCAGUUCUUGUCCUAUUUAGAUAUCUGUUACAGAAAGGGGACACAGCAGAUCAAUUAAAAAAAUAAUUUAUAAUAUUUAUAUAAACUUCACUGACACAUCUCUUUUUGAU